AUGGGCUACGACCUCCACGACGACCCGCACGAGCACGAGCACGCGGACGAGGACGGGGGCGAUAUCCCGCUCCUGCGCCGCCCCGGAUCGGUGUCGAGCGCCGGCGCGGGGCGCGUCCCCGGCGCGUUCGACGAGGACCGGCCGAUCGUGGGCGACGACCGGUCGGAGAAUAAUAUACGGUAUGGACGGAUCCCGCAGAGGGUGCCGAGGCGGUACAAGACGAUCAAGAAGGUCGAGCUGUUCCACGGCAACUUCGUGCUCGACUCGGCGGUGCCGACCAAGCUGCUGAACAUGUGCGCGCUCCGGAACGAGCGCGAGUUCACGCACAUGCGCUACUCGGCCGCGACGUGCGACCCGAACGACUUCAAGGACUCGGGCUUCACGCUUCGGCAGGUGCACUACGACCCGCCGCGGCGGACGGAGCUGUUUAUCGUGAUGACGAUGUACAACGAGGACGAGGAGCUCUUCUGCAGGACGAUGCACGGCGUGAUCAAGAACGUGGCGCACUUGUGUAAGAGGGAGAGGAGCAAGACGUGGGGCAAGGAGGGGUGGAAGAAGGUCGUGGUGUGCGUCGUGAGCGACGGACGGCAGAAGAUCAAUAGUCGGACGUUGAGCGUGAUAGCCGCGAUGGGCGCGUACCAGGACGGGAUCGCCAAGAACAUCGUGAACGGCAAGGAGGUCACGGCCCACAUCUACGAGUACACGACCCAGAUCUCGGUCACGCCGAGCAUGAAGAUCGAGGGCGCGGAGAAGGGCGCGGUCCCGGUCCAGAUCAUCUUCUGCCUGAAGGAGAAGAACCAGAAGAAGAUCAACUCGCACCGCUGGUUCUUCAACGCCUUUGGUCCCAUCCUCCAGCCGAACGUGUGCGUCCUGCUCGACGUGGGCACGAUGCCCGGCCCGACGAGCAUCUACCACCUCUGGAAGGCGUUCGACAUCAACUCGAACGUCGGCGGCGCGUGCGGCGAGAUCGUCGCGCUCAAGGGCAAGUUUUUGCGCAACCUGCUGAACCCGCUCGUGGCGGCGCAGAACUUCGAGUACAAGAUGUCGAACAUCCUCGACAAGCCGCUCGAGUCCGUGUUCGGGUACAUCACCGUGCUCCCCGGCGCGUUCUCCGCGUACCGGUACAUCGCGCUGCAGAACGACGCGACGGGCGAGGGGCCGCUGCAAAAGUACUUUCUGGGUGAGAAGAUGCACGGUGCCGGCGCGGACAUCUUCACGGCGAACAUGUACCUCGCGGAAGAUCGUAUCCUGUGCUGGGAGCUGGUGUCGAAACGGGGAGGCGCGUGGAUCCUGCACUACGUGAAGUCGGCGUACGCCGUCACCGAUGUUCCGGACCAGGUCCCCGAACUUAUCUCGCAGCGCCGUCGCUGGCUGAACGGCUCCUUCUUCGCCGCCAUCCACUCGACGGUCAAGUUCCACUACAUCUACCGCUCCUCGCACUCGUUCAUGCGCAAGUUCUGGAUCCACGUCGAGGCGCUCUACCAGCUCUUCAACCUCAUCUUCUCCUGGUUCGGGCUCGGCAACUACUACAUCGCGUUCGUCAUCCUCUCCAACGCGCUCGAGGACAAGCAGUUCGGGAUCAAGGGCAUCAAGGUUCUCAACGACGUCCUCAACUACUUUUACCUCGGGAUGCUCAUCAUGUGCUUCCUCCUGAGCUUGGGCAAUCGACCGCAGGGCAGCAAGUGGUCGUACACGACCGCGAUGCUCGGCUUUGCGCUCAUCACGGUGUACAUGACGUUUUCGGCGUUCUUCCUUGCGGUGAAGGGCAUUCAGAACGUGGAGCACAAGGAGGACAGCGGGAUCAAGCUUUCCGACAUCUUCACCAACUCGAUCUUCCGCGAUAUCGUCAUCUCGCUCGCGGCGACGCUCGGGCUGUACAUCGUCGCCUCGCUCAUCUUCUUCGAGCCGUGGCAUAUGAUCACCUCCUUCGUGCAGUACACCCUCAUGGCGCCGUCCUACAUCGCCGUGCUCAACGUCUACGCGUUCGCCAACGUGCACGACGUCUCCUGGGGCACGAAGGGCGACAACAAAGUCAGCACCGACCUCGGCGUGGUGAAGACGGGCAAGAACGCGAACGAGGUCGAGGUCGAGGUGCCGACGGAGGAGAAGGACAUCAACGCCGCGUACGAGGACGCGAUCCACGUGCUCCAGUCCAAGCCGCCCAAGGCCGAGUCCAAGCCCGAUCCGCAGACGCAGCAGGAGGACUACUAUCGCCAGUUCCGGACGAACGUGCUCCUGGUCUGGACGCUAUCGAACGCGCUGCUUGCUGCGCUCGUCGUGUCGCUCACGGGAUCGGCUGCAUCGAAGAGUGCGCAGCAUACGGUGAACGGAUACAUGUCGUUCAUCCUCUUCUCCGUCGCGGGCCUCGCAUUCGUACGAUUCUGCGGCUCGACGCUAUACAUGCUCAUACGUCUCUUCGCUGGAGAAUAA